CCCUGCCAGCCCAGAGAGACUGAUGAUGAAGAAACAUCUCUAAAUGUACCAGGAUGGUCUUUCCUGGUUUCUCAGUUUUGCUCAGUCUUUUGUUGUUCGAAAUCUGUUUCUUACAGACCCUGGAAAUUGCAGGUGUGGCGGCCUGAGUAACAGCUGCCCUUGUCUCCUAGGCUUGGGACGGACUCUCUGGAGUUUGUGUCCUGGGGCUGUGUGCUCAGACUUGACCAUGUUUGGGCAUGGAGGCCUGUCCCGGAUGGGGACCAGAGGCCGCUCUCCCAGAGAUGGGCUGAGAGCCCAAGCUUCCUGCUGCAGCUCAGGCAGCCUCUUUUGGGGUGGGGGCUGGGGGCCAGGCCAAAAGUCUCUGCCUGCUGAAGACUCCAGGGCUCCAGAAACUAAAUGACCAGUGCCUGCAGUGGACAUGGGAAAGAAGCUGGUGAUGGCCCAGAAGCGGGGAGAGACUCGAGCCCUUUGCCUGGGUGUGGCCAUGGUGGUGUGUGCGGUCAUUGCCUACUAUAUCCUGGGCACGACCGUGCUGCCCCUCUACCAGAAAAGUGUGUGGACCCAGAAAUCCACGUGCCAUCUGAUUGAGACCAGCAUCAGGGAGCAGGAGGAGCUAGAGGGCAAGAAGGUACCCCAGUACCCGUGCCUGUGGGUCAACGUGUCAGCUGUGGGCCGGUGGGCUGUGCUGUACCACACAGAGGACACUCGGGACCAGAACCAGCAGUGCUCCUACAUCCCAGGCAGCCUGGAGAACUACCAAGCGGCCCGGGCCGAUGUGGAGAAAGUCAGGGCCACAUUCCACGAGAAACAGAUUUUCUACUGCUUCUCAACCGCUCGGGAGAACGAGACCACUGUCCUGUAUCAGCGCCUCUAUGGGCCCCGGACCCUGCUCUUCUCUCUCUUCUGGCCUACCUUCCUGCUGACUGGAGGUCUCCUCAUUAUCGCCAUGGUGAAGAUCAACCAGUCCCUCUCCAUCCUGGCGGCUCAGAAGUAGGCCUCUCCAUGUCCCAGAGCUGCCUCUGCUGCUAGAGACUGGGUGGGCCCCCAGGCUGCUCCCUACUUGGGUACCCCUGCCCCUCCCCCUGCCUUCCCACUGUUUUGCUCCAUCCCAUCUCUGCUAUCUGGAUGGGCUUUGGUGAGUCCCUUUGUCAUGUCGUUCCUGAUUAAGAAUGUACACCACUUCUUAGUGCUUCAGAGAGCUCAAGGCCAGCACGUAACAUUGUCCUAUUACCUGUCCCCGCUCAGCUGACUGAAACCCACUUCCUGCCGCACCACCCACCAGCCCACAGAUGCCAGUGAUGCUCGUCUCCAUGCCUGUGUUCUCGUGGUUGGCUCAAAGGCCUACCUUUGUCAUCCACGGCAGACCUCACUCUCUUCUUUGAAUUCCAUCAUGAAAACCACAGCAGCUCCGAUGUAUAGAGAACAUUUAGAAUUGGAUUGUAGGAUGCUAGGUGCUAUGUAUGUUUUUAUUCCAAUAUUAUUAAUAAAUAUAGGUACGAACUUCCAUUUGUAAAAUACAUAAGUCCUGGGUGACUAUAGUUCAUCAUACUGUACUGUAUACUUGAACGUGGCUGAGAGAGUAAAUCCUAAAAGUUCUCAUCCCAAGGAAAAAAA